AUAUUUAUCCAUGGCUUUCAAUAUUGUUAUAUUUUGCUAUAUUGGAGAGAUUAUCACAGAACAGUGCAAACUUGUCGAUGAAUUGGCAUGUAUGACCGAUUGGUAUAAAUUACAUCACAAAACUGCACUUGGUCUCGUUUUAAUAAUUGCACGCUCAGACUAAGUCAAUAUAAGUUGGAGAUUAUUAAGCAAUGUGCACACUUCGAGCGACCACAGUAAACUAAAUACUUACAAGCAAACUUCAAGUUUACUACUGUAAACGUUUCGCGACUUGUCCUUGCGUGUUUAUAAUGUGAUGCCUUAUUCAGUUUAGUGUGCACAUACGUAACAUUAUACAAAAUAAACAAUAUAUGAGAACAUACUUGAAAGUUUAUUAUUAUACAAAAUAGUUGGUUAAAGUCACAAGUUACAUUUCUAACAAUUGAAGGGGUGGCAAAUACUUUUGGCCAAGGCUGUAUACAUGUACAUACACAUAUCAUCGACGAAACAAAACCUGUCAGGUUACAGCACGUUUAAUAUCACUUCCACGAAUCUAUGCUCACACUCGUCAUGACACGCGAUGCUUUCUUAGACAUCUGACAAUAGAAACUCUCGACGAACAAUUAUAUCGAUUGAACAUACGCCCCUCUCAAAGUAAUUUUAAGGCCGUUCACCAAACCCUUCCGAAGGUCGGCGCAGGCGCUUCUUCAUUGUCAACUCUAGCACGAUGAAUUGUCUAUCCAUGGCAGUGCACCGUGCGCUUUUGUGCAACGAUCAUGUCAAAUUGCAAACGUGCGCCAAAGAGCGACUACUCAAAACAGCAUAACAAUUAUAGUUUGCAACUGAAUCGAUGGUAUCUCACGCCGAUCGGAGCGUGGCCGCAAAUGAACGACUCGAACAAAACGUUCAAGAUACUCGUGCCAUUAUACAUUUUUGUUUGUCAAUUCACGGUAGCAUUGAUGACGAUACCAUGCAUACUAUUCGUGUGUUUCGAAAAAACCAAUAUCAAAGUGAAACUGGGCGCGCUUGGUCCACUGCUUCACAGACUUACGGGUUGGAUAAAUUAUUGGAUGCUUCUGAAACACAGUGGGGACAUUCGUAAAUUAGUACAACACAUGGAAGUAGAUUGGAAAAUCGUAAAUAGAAUCCAAGAUCGUGAAGUAAUGUUGCAAUACGCCAAGUUCGGUCGUUUCGUUGCCGGGAUCUGCGGUAUGAUUUUGUAUUGCGGUACAUUUCUGUUUAGCAUAGCCAGGAACAUAAGAACUGUACCUACCAUUGUCGGCAACGAGACCUUUAGGACAUAUCCGAUGACGUGUCCAAUUUAUAGCAAGAUCAUCGACGCGAGAUUUAGCCCAGUGAACGAAAUCGCGUUGGCUCUGCAGUUCACGAACACAUUUAUAGUGAAUUGCUCUACUGUCGGUGCCUGUAGUCUGGCUGCCGUCUUCGCAAUGCACGCCCGUGGCCAAUUGAAUGUGCUAUAUACAUGGCUACAUGAACUCGCAGAAAAUCAAGACGAAAAUCAAGAAGAAAAUCAUAUAGCUGAUCGAAAAAUGGCCGUUAUUGUGGAACACCAUAUCAGAGUACUGAGUUUCAUAGAACGUGUAGAAAAUAUCAUGAAUAAGAUAUCUCUUGUCGAAUUGACGGGAUGUACGAUAAUUAUGUGCUUGGUUGGAUAUUACUCAGUCAUGGAGUGGCAAAAUUUCGAUGCAAUGAAAAUAACGUCUUAUAUUAAUGUAUACUUGUCGAUGGCUUUCAAUAUUUUUAUAUUUUGCUAUAUCGGAGAGAUUAUCACCGAAGAGUGUAAAUACGUCGGGGAAAUGGCGUAUAUGAUCAAUUGGUAUAAUUUAAAUCACAAAACUGCAAUUGGUCUCGUUUUAAUAAUUGCACGAUCAAGUAACGUGAUUAAAAUUACCGCAGGAAAGUUAUUCCAUUUAUCUAUCGCAACGUUUGGUGAUGUAAUUAAAACUUCCAUGGUAUAUUUAAAUCUCUUGCGACAAUUGACUAUGUGAAACACAACAAUUUCAGAAACGUGAAAAAUAUAUUUUGUACAGAAUAAGAUAUAGGAUAUAUAUGUCCUCUAAAUUAAGAUAAAUAAGAUUACUCUUUAUAUUAAAAUGACAGAAUUAACCAUUACAUUAUUUUCAAAAGUUUAUCCAAUAUACAAUAAAUUUCGAGUUUUUACCAUGUAUGUACUUACAACUUCUGUAUUGUGCAACAUUCCAAUUUUUUUAUCACCAUUUAAAACUUAUUUACGCUAUUAAUCAAUAUAAGCGGCACGUCGAAUAUAUCUAUUAUGGAUGAAAGAAAGUCUAUCAAGUUACAGCGCGUUUAAUAUCACUUCCACAAAUCUAUGCUCACACUCGUCAUGACACGCGAUGCUU